CUCUUGCAGAAUUAUACGAAACUUUGUAUUUUUAGGGGUGCUGCUCAUCAAUGGCCAUGCCGGUCCUCCAGAAAAUAGACCCUUCCUCUUACAUUGGCCAGGGCCUCAGUGGCCCGGCAUACGUUACCGAAAUGUCGGAGGUUGAAGCAUCCAUAUGUACACCACCAUGCGAAUGCACGGACUGCCAACAUAGCUUCUACGCUUCUGAGGAGCAAUACCGGCCCUGCUUUUGGUAUCGCGGUAGAGUUUCCGACCGUGAUGCUGAGAUUAUCGCCGCCAGGCACAUCAAGGAUGCGGAGCAAGAGAGGCAGUAUUUGCUGCAACGACUGGCGUCACAUGCAGAUACCAUCGUGAAUCGGUGGAAGAAGAAAAGUAGGGCGAAACGUCAGGCACUGCUAGCAGGAGCUAUCCCAGAACUUUACGAGCACCGAUGGCUUAUUCCCCGCUAUUCCUAUAUGCCUGAGAGCAAACGUGGUGGAUUAGAGGGUAGGAAUUGGGCUCGUCGGUGUCAGCUCUUACUACCUUGGUUAAGUUUGGAGGUGCUCAAGAUGAAUCCCGCGGUUUUUUUUGCCUUGUUGCAUAAUCGGACGGCGUAUCCCCCACAGGACUGGGCAACGUUCGAUGGCAGACAGUUGAUCCUCAGUUGGGCCUGCGGACACUUUGAUGUCGAAUACUCAGGGAAGUGCGUCAUCAUGUAUGGUCCAAGAUACGGAGAGCUGGUAGACUGGCAAGCUAGUUCAGCUCACAGGGCAGACAUAGUCGGCUUCCCUAAGGCACGUCUUAUUCUCGAAGGGCAGGCAUACCUUAUGGUCGUCCUUCGCAAAAUCGUGGACGAGAUACUUGAAGGGGUUAACUUGAACCAGCCAACUACCUCAGAAAAGUGGAAACUGAUGACCAAACUUGGCUUCAGCCACACUAAUGAGGUGGAGUUAUGGUCACCGUAUACGAAUCAAGCAUUCUCUGCGCCGCCGGUUUUCUCUAUCGAUAAUUUGAUCUCUAUAGUUCAGAUCAGAUUAGAAGCUGUGGGAGACCAUUUAUGUUUUUUACAAACCGAGCCAGCUUAUAUGCGGCGAAAUAUCAAGGCCCACCGUCAGGGAGAAUUUCAUAAGGCGAUUAAAAAAGAUGCGGCAGGCGCAAUAGUAACUACGGAGAUCUUUCGCGACAUUUUAUCUUAUUGGCGGUGGGACUGGAUUAAAACCGAGUGCGAAUACGUAAAGAGCAUCCAUGAUCGUUUCCGAGACAGUAUUCACCCAGGCGAAUGCCUCCCUUCUGUGUACGACAGAGCAUUGGGCGCACUUGAGCUCCUUCUGGUAAAUGAAGUUAUUGACCGAGCUAGGCACAUUGGGAAAGUAACGCCCCAACGACCUGGAUUUUCCCAAAACUGGAAUUUCCAAUGGCAACCUGCCAAUGGGCCGACGGCGUUCAAGGUUGACCGCAAAAGAGGGGUACCUGUGGAGCAGAAAGAUUGUUUCGAUAAAGACCGUUUGGAGUGGUGCUUAAUUCAGAUGCAGGGAGAACCGGAUAAGCAAACAAACUACGACCAUGCGAUGUUAUUCGCCUUGCUUGAAAAUCAUCUUGCUGCAAGCAACCCCAAAGAAAAGGCCCGUGUGGACGAGAUUUUGUAUCAGAAACUGUCUGAUUUAGAAGCUUGCCAUGAGAUGCUGGUGUCUGUCCGCUUACACAGACCCCAAAAUAUAGCCAGAGAGAUUGAUGAGGUGGAGCGAUCAGAGAAUCGAGUGGCUUGGAAAGGGCGGAAGAUACCCGGGUAUCUCACACAGGAUGAUUGCAUCCGUCUAGGGACAGCACUUCUUGAAAAUUUCUAUGAGGCUCCUUCGCCAAGUGGACAGAAGAAUUCACUCUGGAUUAGCCGCUCUCAAUUUAUCCGCAAGGCGCUUGAAGCUUUCUGGAGUGGUCUGAGAAAGAACCCUAAGAAAGUGCUGGAGGCAUCGGGUUUCAGUGCAGAGGAAGUCCAUGCAAGUAUGGAGGUCAUCUCAAGCAAUCUCACCCAGGAAUAUCUUGAUUCAGUUCAAGCUGAGCAGCAAAGAAUUUUAGCCAGCAUCGAAAGCACCCGUGUGCCGGCCGCAGUCCCUGCACAGAAGGAGUGGGGUUCUGACACCACGACACAACAUGCCGCGCCCUUGCCAAAAGCUAAAGGCAAGACACGACCCGCUGAGCAAGUUAGAGGGGUGGAAGAGAUUGACCGUGCGGUGGCUGGCAUAACAGUCAACUCUAGCCAAGACAGGACUCCCAAACUACAGGUGAAAAAGCGCGCUUAUGAUAUGCUAAGCCUGAUGUUUCCUGCCACUGCCGAGGAAUCUGCCAAAAGUAUAGAAUGGAGUACGUUUGUACAUGCAAUGUCAGACAUGGGCUUUUUGGCCAGAAACGGCGGGGGUUCCGCCGUACUGUUCGAGAGUAGGGAUUUGGCGGAGGGAGGAGCUACUGGUGGCAAAAUUAUUUUUCACAAACCGCAUCCUAUUCCAAAGAUAGAUUCUAUCAUAUUGCAUUCUAUGGGGAAGAGAAUGAGUAAGUGGUUUGGCUGGCACAGAGAACUUUUUGUUUUGGAAUUAUGAGACUGUUUCCGUCUUUAGAUGAAUUGUUGAGUUGGUGGUACACUAGCUUGGCUAGCCUACCAUUCCUUCCAGCACCAGGUUCAACAACUAAUUUAAGUCUUCUCCACUCUCAUUCGUAAUGCGUCACUUGCG